AUGCUAGCGUUUGUUGAAAGGAGAUCUAGUAAAGCCAUCCUGAAUGCUGGCAAUAGACAAAUAUUGGCAGCAUUCCUGCAAAAAAAUAAUGUAAGAAAUUUAAAAACUUUACACACUGGCUCCAAUACCCCACAAAAACAAACUUCUAGCUUCAAGAGAGUUUCAGGUAUGACCUUUUCGACUGCUUCACCUAGAUUCAAUUCAAUUGAAUACGCUAAAAAUGAACUAGAUGAAGAUGAGCUCGAAAUGUUAUCUGAAACAAGAGCAGUCGAUACUGUUGAUGUUUGUAUAGUUGGUGGUGGUCCAGCUGGUUUAGCAACGGCUAUUCGUUUGAAGAAAAUUGACAACGAAAAGGGUGACGGUGAGUUAAGAGUCGUUGUUUUGGAAAAGGGUGAUAUUGGUUCCCACAUUUUGUCCGGUGCUGUUCUUGAACCUAGAGCGUUAAAUGAAUUGUUUCCUGAACUAUUGGAAAAUGGCAAAAAAAUACCUCUACCUGAAGAACUAGUGACUUUGGUUACAGAAGACCAUACAAAGUUUUUAUUUGAAGACGGGUUGGCUGUGGAUCUUCCCGAACCACCGCAAAUGAAGAAUGCGGGAAAGAACUAUAUUGCAAGUUUAUCCGAAGUCACAAAAUGGAUGUCCGAGCAAGCAGAAGAACUAGGCGUUGAGAUAUAUCCAAAUACUUCCGUGAGUGAACUAAUUUACGAUAGCCAUGGUGGUGUCAGAGGAAUUGCAACCAGAGAUAGCGGUUUACAGAGAAACGGAUCAAUCAGUGAAGAUUUCGAGAGGGGCAUGGAAUUUCAUGCAAGAUUGACUGUCUUAGCUGAAGGAUGUCACGGAUCUCUAAGUAAGCAAGUGAUCAAUAAAUUUGAGCUAAGAAACGGGGCAAAUCCACAGACCUAUGGUUUGGGUAUCAAAGAGGUGUGGCAAGUUCAACCCGAUAAGUUUAAAAAGGGGUACGUUUCACAUAGUUUGGGAUAUCCUUUGAGCGAUGGCUUAUACGGUGGAGGUUGGAUGUAUCAUUUUGGAGACAACCUUGUCAGUUUGGGUUUGGUUAUCGGAUUGGACUAUAAGAACCCAUGGAUCAGUCCAUAUCAAGAAUUUCAACGUAUGAAGCUACACCCAUAUUACAAGGAUAUCUUAGAAGGUGGUAAAUGCAUUUCUUAUGGUGCAAGAGCGUUGAAUGAAGGUGGAUGGCAAUCUGUUCCUCAAUUACAUUUCCCAGGUGGUGUCCUUGUCGGUGCAAGUGCAGGUUUUAUGAAUGUCCCCAAAAUCAAGGGCUCUCAUACCGCUAUAAAGAGUGGAAUCAUUGCUGCCGAUACAAUGUAUGAGAAGGUCGUUGCACUAAAGGAACAACAAGAGGCUGAAUUGGCCUUUACACAGGAAAAGAAUUCCUCCGAAGACAAGGACAAAGAAGAGGAAGAAGAGGAAGAUGAAAGCACCGGUAUGCCUCUACCCGAAUGGAAAGCAAUUGAUUUAAGUGAAUACCAAACUGCAUAUAAAAACUCAUGGAUUUAUGAUGAGCUUUAUGAAGUUAGAAAUGUUAGGCCUUCAUUUAAUUCCGAUUUGGGAACCCUUGGCACACUUGUCGGUUUGGGUAUGUCUGGUCUAGUUACAAUGAUAACCAAGGGUAAAGAGCCUUUUACAUUGGAACAUACCCAUACAGACUCAUCUUGUGUUGAAGAUGCAAGCAAAUAUGAAAAGAUUAACUAUCCUAAGCCAGAUGGUGUCAUUACUUUUGAUUUAAUGACUAGUGUCAGUAGAACUGGUACUUAUCAUCGCGAGGGUGAGCGUUGCCAUUUGCGUAUCCCUGACAUGGAUUUACAGAAGCACAAAGACAUUUCUUGGCCAAAGUUCAAAGGUGUGGAACAACGUUUCUGUCCUGCAGGUGUGUACGAGUACGUUAAAAAGGAUGAGAAUAACAGCGAUGAUGAUGUUGAGUUUAAAAUUAACUCACAAAAUUGUAUUCAUUGUAAGACUUGCGAUAUUAAAAUUCCAUCUCAAGACAUCAACUGGACAGUUCCAGAGGGUGGUGAUGGUCCAAAAUAUCAAAUGACCUAG